AUUUUUUUUGGAAAAUGAUCAACAUGUUAUAAUUAAUAAUUUAAUUAGAUCUAGAUUUUAAGACUAUAUUUAAUAUUUUAAUAGAUCGAAAAGUUUAGAUCUCUCUGCCUCAGUUGGCACCUUAAUUUGGCUUUUAAAAUAAAAAAAAAUGAGUGGCUAUUAUUUUAUUAUUUUUAAUCAUUGAACAGUUGCAAUGAUUCAAAUUGAUUUAAUGAAUGUUGCUGUCAUUCUCAAUUACAAUGUCAGCUUGUUCACACUUCACUCACUCAAUCACUGACAACUCUGAAAUGUUUACUCAACAGCUUACAAUGACUUAAUUCACCAGGACCAGACAAAUAGUUUCCCCAACAAAUGUCUUACAGAAAAUGAAAUGGCUCCCACAACAAAUUGCUCAAGGUCAGAGAAAUAAGAAAAGAAAAUAUUCAUAAUUCAAUAUUAUAUUGAAUUGGUGGCUGCCUGCUGGUCAUUUGGUAGAUCUUUGCACUCAAAACUGUCUUUGCCAUGGUCCUAAGUUUGAUUUGAAUUAUGCCAGCUGUUUUGAAGGACUUCUGGGUUUGAUCAUGAUAAUGACUAUUCUACUAAAGACUAAUAAAACUAAAGAGAUCUUCAGUUUCUGUAAUGUGUAAAGCAAGUAAAUGAAAGUCACAAGUUUAAAGACAAUAGCAAAAAUAUAGGCUUGUAAAGAUGAGAAAAGUCAUAACACUAUUGGCCACCCCUUUCCCAUCCAUGUGGUAGUAUAAUUCAGCUGACUGAAAACAGUUGCAGAAAAAAACAACUGAACCUUCCAUUGUUUCAAAGGAAACUGAAAAGAAUGUGUAGUUCUAUACAUCAAAGUCGUCGAGUUGUUGUCACUGGAUUAGGGGUUGUUUCUUGUUUGGGAACUGGCAUGCAUUUUGUUUGGGACCAAUUGCUAUCAGGAACAUCAGGAAUUACUAACAUUAAAGGAGAAGCUUUUGAACAAAUUCCAAGUAAAGUAGUUGGACUGGUGCGACAUGGGAACAAUCCGGGUGAGUUUAAUCUCACUGGACUUCCAACUAUUGAUGGCAGAGCUGUGACACAAAUGACUCAGUAUUGUUUACGUGCUGCUGAAGAGGCCCUGACCAUGGCCAAAUGGAAACCAGUUCAGGAUAAUGAUAAAGAAAGAACAGGUGUUUGUAUUGGCACAGGAAUGAUACCUUUAGAAGAAGUUGUGAAUGCAGGAGAACUUCAACGUCAGUUUCAUUACCGUAAAAUAUCUCCUUGGUUUAUUCCUAGAAUACUAAUAAAUAUGGCUGCUGCUCAUGUUAGUUUGGCUUAUGGCUUCAAAGGUCCUAAUCAUAGUGUAUCAACAGCUUGCACAACUGGACUUCAUUCCAUUGGUGAUGCUUUUCGAUUUAUCCGCAAUGGUGAUGCAGAUGUAAUAGUUGCUGGUGGCUGUGAAUCAUCAGUCACUCCCCUUGCCAUGGCUGGCUUUGCACGGAUGCGAGCAUUGAGCACCAAUUUCAAUGCUACCCCCCAAGUGUCGUCUAGACCUUUUGAUAAAGCUAGAGAUGGUUUUGUUAUGUCAGAAGGUGCUGCAUUGUUGGUCCUAGAGGAGCUUGACCAUGCCAGACAAAGAAAUGCUCAUAUAUAUGCUGAGAUCCUAGGAUACGGUUUAUCAUCAGAUGCCAAACACAUCACUGCUCCCCCUGAAGAUGGGAGAGGAGCUCAAAGAUGCAUGGAAGCUGCAUUGAGAGAUAGUCAUCUAAAGCCUGAACAAAUAGAGCACAUCAACUGUCAUGCUACCUCAACACCUCUAGGGGACUCAGUUGAAAGCCGUGCAAUACAAAGUCUUUUUAAAAACCAUAGCUCUAAUAUUCUGGUCAACUCUACUAAAGGAGCAACAGGUCAUCUCUUGGGUGCUGCAGGAAGCAUAGAGGCUGCUUUUACUGUCAUGUCAGUUUACACAGGAACAGUCCCAGCGACACUAAAUCUACAAACUCCAAUGACUGGUUGUGAUUUGAACUAUGUACUAGGAAGCAAUAUUACAUGGAAUUCUAAAUUUAACCCUCGAAUAGCAUUAACAAAUUCUUUUGGAUUUGGUGGCACGAAUGCUUCUUUAUGUAUUUCAGAAUAUGUAGUGUAGCAGUUUUAGGGUUAAUUAUUUGUUCAACAAAAUAAACCAAAUUUAAACUUAAUAAGUAUUUACUAUUCAAUCAAAAUUUUUUUUUAUUAAUGCGAGCAUAAGUAUGAAUGCCAUCAGAAAUCUUUUUUUUUUAUAAUCACUUCAGACAUUGCCUUAAGCUAACUAUUUAAAAGAAAUAUUGAUCCUACAUUAGGAACUGGAUAGCAUUCAAACGUUGUUUUGUGUGCUGCUGAACAAUUUAAACUGGACAAACUCUACUGUCAGAUUCAUAUUAACCUUUGAAAUAAUAAAAUAAAUGACAGAAUCUAUGAAAGUAAAGUUCUCCUUUCAGACCUUGUGGUCUAUAGGCCAUAAGAUGUAAAGGUCAGGUGCCCAUUAGAUCUGGGUGGACUCAGAGGUGCCUAUAGAUUCUGAAAUUAAAAAUCCCAGUCUUCACCAGGAUUCAAACCAGGGACCCCCAGUUUGGAAGCCAAGCACAUUACCGCUCAGCCACCACACCUUACAGAAUCUAUAGUUUCACUAUUCACUAUUUUAGCUUGGAUUUAGCAAGAAGUUUGAUUUUGCUGAUUUAUGAUGGUAGUUCACGAAUCAUUACUUACUCUUCACAAUAAAAAGUGAAUUUAAGUAUAUUCUUAAUGCAAUGAUAAAAACAAAUUUCAUUUAAUAUGUGCAGGUUAUUUGACAUUUUGAGAAAAAGAGAAGGAAUCAAAAGAAUAUAGAAAUAUCUGUUGUUUCCUUAAUGCCUGGUAUUUCAAAUAAAUUUAAAAAAAAUAUUUGUAGCAUAAGAAACAUUUAAAAUUGUAUUAUUACAAGAAAGAUACAUAUAAAUUAAUAAAACACUGACUUGACUCAAUUGAACAGCAUUUUCAUAUUAGUAUAGCUUUGCCAACUUUCUUACAUUCCUUGAUAUGUUUUUAUUUUGUGUGUUCAAUUUGGUCAACUACAUUUCAUUUACCACUAAGCAUUAGUCUCUUGACCAUUCAAUUAUUUUAAUGCAUUAGUCUCUUUUGACCAUUCAAUUAUUUUAAUGAAAUAUUUAGUGAAUGAAAUUUUGAAAUGAACAGGAAAAUGAAUACUAAGCUAAGUUCUUUUAUUUGAAUUGAAUAUGCAUGCUAGUAACAAGAGAAAUAAUAAGAAGAAAAGGGCUUUUACGACUGGUAAGAAACAAGAUAGAAAAAAGCACAAUUUAAUCUGCACUUGAAGAAGUAAGGAAAAAUUACUUAACCAAACUAGAGGAUUCAAGUAUUAUGAAUCAGGUGUGGAGUAUCAUUGACAAAGGUCAAAAACUAAAAAGAAUCUUCAUUUGGGGGGGGGGGGGGGGAGACGACAAAAAUCAAUGGUUUCUACUGUUGUUUUGACACUAACAAUUUCAAUCUUUGAAGACCCUUGAAGUUAAAUUCCCCUUUCAGUCUAUGACAUCCCCAUUGUGGUACAUUUCAUACCGUACACUAAUGAUUUUUUAAUUGGAUAGUCCUUUUUGUUCCUUAACCCUACAAUUGACUACUUGCCUUGCUCUCAGAAAGCUCAACCUUAAAUGAUUAUUUCAGAGAAAUAAACAUUGAAAGCUAAGUGUAAUAAUAAUUUUUUUAAAUUUAAUGAAAAACAAACAACAACAAAAAACAAGGAAAUGAUAAUCAAGAAAAGAAAGCAGUAUUUCUGUACUGAAGUGAACAAUGAAAUGGCCCAAAAUUUUAAGUACCUUGGUAUUGUUUUAGUCAAUAAAUUUCACUGCAAACACAGAUUAUAUCACACAAAAACAAACAAAGAUUAAGAAAAAUGUUUUACUAUGCUCACAUCUGCAGUAUAUUGAGUUUUAACAUCAUCUGAGCAUUUAAAAAAUAGAAACUUAAUAAAAUUCUAUUGCAGUUAGUAAGGUCACUGUCCACAAACUCAACUUAUUGGCAAGCAUUCAAUAAAAAUAUUCUUGAGAAAGCUUAAAAGAAAACAUAAAAAAUACCAUCACAAAAGCAGACACUUGAACAGAACUCUUGUUCUUGUUAUAUACAAUCCAUCACGUGAUGUUUGAGUGAAAGUGUGAUACCGGUACUAGUGUAUAUUUUGAUAACAUAUACUUUGAUUGCUAUUGUUAUAAUGUUUUGUUAUAUGUAAUGCACAAUUGUAAUUGACAAAUUUCCACAAGGAUAAUAAAGAUAUUAUUAUUAAGUAUAAGUGUAGAGAAUAAAUGUAUUGUCUGUACUAUUACAUUUGGUUUAAGAUAAACACAAAGAUAAAAUGAUUUAGAUUUAGUCACAUCAUUUUAAUUGUAUAAAUAGAAAAUAUUAAGAACUCUUCACAGUAUAAUUUAAUUUCUCAGCAUCUUCAAAUAAUUGUUUCUGUUCUUCAAAGUUUGUGAGACUGCGGGCAUUUCUAGAUUCUCCAGAGUGACCUUUGUACUUUUUACUGUACUUUAAACUGGAAACUAUCGUUGGGCGAUUAGGAAAGGCUGUUUUCCCAUCAAAAAAUGUGUCUGUUUCUGGGUCAAAUCUUAAUGGCUCCAAUUGAAUGUGUAAAUUCUUGGGCAGCUUCUGUCGUGCCAAGUCAUCAAAUGAGGUAGUGUCUCUGACAGGUGUGUCAAAAUAACUGACAACAUUUGCUAGUGUGUUCAAGUCACACAACUCAGUGUUAGGGAUGAUGUGAUCAAACUCUUCCAUCAGUUUUGUUAGCAGCUAAAUAAAAAAAAAAAUGGGAAAAAAGGUAUUGUCAUACAAAGUGUCAAGAACUUUUUUUUAUUUCAAGGUGUUUGUUUUAGUCUGUCUUAAACAACAUGAGAAUGUCAAGUUUUUUUUUUUUUUAAGUUUGCUUUUACAUAUAUAAUAUGAAUAAUAUGUGUCUAAAAAAAAUAAUUAAGAUAUGGCAUUGAAAUGAAAAUUCUAGAAUGUUACCUUAAAUUUAAUCAGCCUAUCAUUUAGCUGGUAACUCAUGUCAACCUGAAAACCAAUAAUUGUUGCUGCAAUUGAUAGAAUUUUAGCCUCAACAUCAGCUGGAGGAUUGUAACCCCUAACACUACAACUGACUCUGUCAAAUAUACAAAAAAUAUUAAUGCAAAUGUAUUGAUACAAAUAAUUCAGAUUCAGACACAUAAAGUGAUAUUUAAAGCUAAUCAUAUUAAAGCUUUCUUUUAAACACUAAAAGAAAUGAUUGACAUUUUUUCUAGGUGAAAGACAUGCCCCGAUUUAAUUUCCAUUUUUGUAAUUCAUCUAAUUCUUUAUCUUGUGUUCUUUUUAUUGUUCUAUAUAUUAUUAGUAUUAUAUUAUGCAAUUGGCUGCAAAUAAUGUGACUUUUGUUCCUGAACUAAUGCAUUUGGUAAAUUAUUUAUGUUAAUUAGAAAUAGUAAUGGACCUAAGAUUGUUCCUUGCAGUACACCUGAGUUUACUGUUAUUGGUGUUGAUUUAGAGCCAUUUCUUAUUACAGUUUGUUAUAUCCAUAUCAGAAAAUCUCCACUAACAAUAUUAAACACCAAUAAAAAAAACACAAACACACUUUAAAAGUCUGUUAUAUUCAUUGUGACAAUUUUCAGGAUGUUUGAUUUUUUCUAGAAUAAAGACCUACUUGUAGAUCU